CUGGGCGGGCGGAAAGGAGCGGGGCCGGGGGGAUAAGGGUCGGCUGUGGAGAAUAAGGGUGGGCCGUGGAGCUUCAGCCGAGCGGUGCGGCCAUGGCAGCAGGUUCCUUCCGGAGGAGCAUUGCUUCCCAGCUUUCAAAAGUUUUGGAUCUGCCACCAGAGAAUUUAAUAAAGUCCAUAUCUGCAGUUCCUGUCUCCAAAAAACGGCAUGUUGCUGAUUUCCAGCUCUCCAUUGCUUCUGUAAUAGAAAAUGGUUCUAGUGGUUGCUUGGAACAUCUUCAAGCUCAGCAGCUUGCUGAAAGGCUAAAAUGUGAUUCAGUAGUGAGUGAAAUCAGCGCUGGUCCAGGAACAGUGAAUUUUACAAUAAACAGGGAAUUAUUAGCAAAGACUGUGCUGCAGCAGGUGUGGAAAGAUGGCUCAGAGUAUGGAAUAAAAAGUGAACUUUUCUCUACAGUUCCCAGACAAAAGGCGGUGAUUGAGUUCAGCUCCCCUAAUAUUGCCAAAAAGUUCCACAUAGGACACCUGCGUUCCACCAUAGUAGGGAAUUUUAUAGCAAAUCUCAAAGCUGCGCUGGGACAUGAAGUAGUAAGAAUAAAUUACCUUGGUGACUGGGGCAUGCAGUUUGGCUUAUUGGGUGUUGGUUUCCAGUCCUUUGGCAACGAAGAAAAACUAAAAUCCAGUCCUUUGCAGCACCUUUUUGAGGUGUAUGUGCAGAUUAACAAAGCAGCAGAAGAUGAAAACACAAAAAAGCUGGCUAAGGAUUUCUUUAGAAAACUCGAGGACCGUGAUGAGCAGACGUUGUCAAUUUGGAAGCAAUUUAGAGACCUCAGUAUUGAGGAAUACAUCCGGAUUUAUAAGCGUCUAGGAGUGCAUUUUGAUGAAUAUUCUGGAGAAUCAUUUUACCAAGAGAAGGCCCAGGAGGUUCUGAAGAUGCUGGAAGAUAAAGGACUCCUUCAGAAAACAAUAAAAGGGACAGGAGUUGUGGAUCUCUCGGAGAAGAAAGACCUCUCAACAGUUUCCACUGUCAUGCGCAGUGAUGGGACAUCUCUUUAUAUAACAAGAGAUCUUGCAGCUGCUAUAGACAGAAUGAAUAAGCACAGCUGGGAUACCAUGAUUUAUGUGACAGAUAAAAGCCAAAGUAAUCACUUUCAACAUUUAUUCCAAAUACUGAAGCUCAUGGGUUAUGACUGGGCAGAAAGGUGCCAGCAUGUGUCUUUUGGUCUAGUUCAAGGCAUGAAGACUCGGAGAGGAGAAGUAAUUUUUCUGGAAGAUGUUUUAAAUGAAGUUCGCUCAAGGAUGUUAAAAAACAUGACUUCCACAAAAACAACCAAAGAGGUCCAGGAUCCUGUGGAGACAGCAGAGAAGGUUGGUCUUGCAGCACUCAUAAUUCAGGACUUCCGGGGCCUCCUGUCAUCUGAUUACCAGUUUAGCUGGGACCGAGCUCUCCAGAGUCGGGGAGAUACCGGAGUGUUCUUGCAGUACACCCAUGCCAGACUCCAUAGUUUAGAACAGAUGCACGGGAAUGCACAGCUAACUGAUGUAAAUGUGGCGUGCUUGCAAGAGCCAGAUGCCAUCUCUGUUCUUCAGCAUCUUCUCAGGUAUGAUGAGGUCCUGUAUAGAUCUUCUCAGGAUCUGCAACCCAAGCACAUUGUCAGCUACCUCCUCACACUGAGCCACCUGGCAGCCGUGGCACACAAAACCCUUCCCGUGAAAGGCAGCACCCCCGAUGUGGCACAGGUACGGCACAGCGGGGUUGGGGGCUGGAGCCUGGAGGGCGGCCCGAGGAAGGAUCCAGCAGCUUUGCCAGCCCAGCUGUGUCACCACUGGGGGGAAUAUGAGCCCGCAGGCAGAAGAGCCAACAGCCAGGCUCUCCUGUGGGUGGCACUGCUUUGGGAAGACAGGGAUUGCUGUUCGCAGCUGUGCAUUCCAGAAAGGGCUGCUCUGCUUGAGCCUCCAAAAACACAACACUCUCUUAAGGACAACUGCUCCAGACCCAGUCAAGCACCUACUCAUCACCUUUCCUUCUAAAUGUUUUAAGAGUAAACAUUUGGGCAUUUAACUUGCUUGUUGACUUUUCUUUUUACGGUUUCCUUUAGUGGUCAUGAGGGAAGAUAGAGAAUUAGGAGAAAACAGAAUCUUGUCUCCUCCUUCUUGCCACCUACAUAUCCCAAGUUGUCGGUAUUGCCUUUCUAGCUAAAGCACAGAGGCUGACAACUGUUAAUGCCAUUCCAAAUAAAUGCAAAUUCUUUUUUCUGAUCUCCCAGGCAAUGUUUGACCCCCUAAUGACUCAGUAAAUGAUAUAUUAAUUACAUUGCCUUUCUUAUUUUCUUUCAUCUACUUCAAAAGGAAUUACCUAUUUGAUUUUGGUAGGAAAUCGUCAACAUUUAAGUGUUGAUCUGUGCUGUGGGGGGCAUUGGUGCCUUUGGAGAUGGACUGUGCCAAACUUCAAGGAAAACUUUAGUUCCUUAUCCUGUAAAUAAAAAUAUUUCUAAAGAUCUUGCAAUGUGACAACUUUCAAGAACUGUGAUUUUUGGAGCAAGCUUGAUAGAGCCCUUCCCAAACAGCCAGGUGUGUAACAGCCAAGACAUUGACAAGGGAAAUUUUCAAAGCAGCCCAUAGUUGCUUGACAGCCUGUCACACAGGCACGUCGAGGGGAGAGAUUCCAGCGGUAUCCUCAGGCUGUUCUAGACCGUGGUGCAUGAGAGAUUUUCAGCUUUUAGUCAUUGCACUGUUUCUCAGGCAUCUCUGCUUGCUCUGCCCCGAGGGCUGGGCUGAACAUUCCGUCUUCCUUUGUUUGACGAAGUGUCCCUCUGUUAACAGUGCAAUGGGCUGCCAGGAGCUGCUGUGAAUUCUGGCACGCAGGUUUUUUGUAGAUCCGAGUCCCGGUGGGGGCCGGCUGCGCACAGUGUUCUCACCUCUGCGUCUAACUGCUGUCCCAAGAACCACACCCUAUUGCUACAGUACUACCCUAAAGUGUUUUUCCUUGUUUUCCAGGCACGGCUCUGUCUCUUCCAUGCUGCACGCUCCGUUCUAGCCAAUGGAAUGAAACUUCUCGGCAUUACACCCGUAACUGAAAUGUAACAAGGCCGUAUCCAAUGUCAAGUGAUUUUGUAAAAAUGACUUAGUAAAGACUUGUAAAAAUUUUGAAAAAAUCACUUAGUAAAGUGAUUUUUGUCCACAAUAAUAA